GCCAUUCUGCGUUUAGUAUUUUCUCUAAAUUCCUGGUUAAAUCCGUUCCGUUCCCUGUCAGCUAACAUUAGCUCUCGCACGGAUGCUAGUCUGCCUGGUAGUUACUGUUACUAGCAACCAAGCUAACAAUUAAGCAAGUAAAUUACGCUAGAUAGCUUCAUCAUCUUCUUUAGAGCAGUGUCGUUUUGUUUAGCUGGUUUAACGUGGUGUAACGUUAGAAAUACGAUGUUAAAAUGGAAUGCGGCAACAUUAACUAAAGUUUCCAUAACGUUGCGUUAACGUUAUCCCCAUGAUAACCCGAGCUCAUGUUCAUAAACUCUUGACGUGUGUUUGAUGUUGACGAUUGUAUUUCAGCUUUUCUUAUCUGUCAUGCCCGAUAUUAUGUGCUAACGUAGCUGUGAUAAAUAAGAGUAUGUUUUGGUGUCGUACCCAAAUAUUAGAGACACAUAAAAUAUAAGUUCAGGUAACAUCUGCAGGUGCCAACUGUCGUUUACAUCAAACAGCUUAGUAGCAGUAGAGCUGGUGUCUUAUCUCAAAUAUUUGCAUCCCUCAUAUCCCCUCUUUGUGUUAUGUUGUCUAGGAGUUACCUGUUAAAGCCUCCAAAAAAGUACUUUAAUUCAAUUUAUAUUUGGUACACAAUAGAGCUACAAGGGCUAGUUUGGUAAAGGAGGACCAAAGAUUAGACUUGUGCAAUACACUAAUGUUACUUUUUAGACAGCAAGCAGUGUCUGUCAGUACAUAUGUGUAUAUAUAGAUGGGUACAAAACCAUUCUUUAAGAUGCCUGUGUGAUUUGAUAGCUUAGGAUAGAUGAAAUAUUUUUAAAAGCGCACAGAAGAAAUACAUUACAUGAUUGGUCUAAAGGUGAAAUAAAUGUGAAAUGCUUCCAGCUGACGAUAAAACAAAUAGUCUCCUUGAAAUGUACCACUCUUUUAUUGCAUUCUGCCACAUACUUAAUCUCUUAAAAGGUGGUGAGGGAAAUAUAGUAAUUAAAUGUACAGGAUGCUCAUUAGUAUGUUCAUAACUCUACUGUCAUAAUACUCUGAUCUUAGAGAGACCAUGGCGACAAAGCAUCUACCUACUAGUGUAGCUGUGGUGUGUUCUUAGAUGAGUGGGUGAAGUAAUUUGACAUGACAACAGUAGGUUUCAUGAGUGCACACUCUUCUUCUGUGUUUCUUUUGUACCUGAUGGUAUAGUGGUAUGCUGGUUGCUUUUGUGAGACUCCUUUUGUAUGGUGGACAUAGAUGCAUAGAAAAAAUAUGUAUGAAUUUAGCAAGAGGUUGCUGUCUGCACAAAUUGUUUUUCAGUUUGUACUGGGUGGAGUGGAGUAGUUGUGCAAUACAUCUCUGUCGUUAAAUUAUUGACUAACGCACUCGUCAUAAAUAAUACAACAUGGUGAUGCUAUAAUCUUUAGGCCAUGAAAGCGUUCCAGCGGAUCCUGAAUCUGUCUUUGAAUUAAGUGGAUAUUACAAAGUCCCUGCAUGUGUUGAGUAAUCAGACCAUUUCCAAAGAGGAAGCCUAUCCACGAGCCAAUAAAAAGUAGAACAGAAGUCGAGAGAGCCUUUGAUCAUUAGUGCAUGUGAUGGGACUUGAUGUUUCUGCUCUUAUAGCUGAGAGGACUAGCGAUGAGGGGGCGAUACACUGAGUCUAUUCAGUGACAGAGACAUAGCUUAAAAGAGACUCUGCAUCAUCUGUAAGGUGUGGGUGGAGCUUUAUCCUCUGGCUGUCUGCUUUCUCUCUGACAUCAGCUGUGAAGAUUUUUCAUCAGAUUCACCAAUAGGUGUUGUUUCCUGUAGGCAGCUAUGGCACCAGGGGAUGUGGUGCCAGACCAUGCCAAGCAGCUGAAGUCCAAGGAGAAGCGGCCUGGAAACAAGGCUUCAAAAGCAGACUGCGAGCCUGAUGGGUCCUUUGUCUUCGAGGCUCAUGAGGCUUGGAAGGACUUUCAUAACUCCCUCAGGCAUUUCUACGAAGUAGGAGAGCUCUGUGACGUCACGCUGAAGGUUGGCAGUAGGUUGAUACCAUGCCACAAGCUAGUGCUGGCUUGUGUGAUCCCUUACUUCAGGGCCAUGUUCCUGUCAGAGAUGUCCGAGGCUAAGCAGGAACUGAUAGAGAUCAAGGACUUUGAUGGUGAUGCCAUCCAGGACCUGGUGCAUUUUGCCUACUCCUCCAAACUCACAUUAACUGUGGACAAUGUCCAGCCACUGCUUUAUGCUGCCUGCAUCCUUCAGGUGGAGUUGGUGGCAAGAGCCUGCUGUGAGUACAUGAAGGCCCACUUCCACCCCAACUGCCUGGCAGUUCGUACCUUUGCCGAGAGCCACAAUCGUGUGGACCUGAUGGAUAUGGCCGACCGCUAUGCCUGCGAGCACUUCACCGAGGUAGUGGAGUGUGAGGACUUUACAUGCGUGUCUCCCCAGCACUUACGCACAUUAUUGUCCUCCAGUGAGCUCAAUAUCCACUCAGAGACACAGGUGUACAAUGCAGCAGUGAAAUGGCUGAAAGCAAACCCACAGCACCACGAGGCCUGGCUGGACCAGAUCAUGUCUCAGGUGCGCCUCCCCCUGCUGCCUGUAGAGUUCCUGACUGGAACAGUAGCUAAGGAUGAGAUGAUCAAAGGUAACCUGAGUUGUCGCGACCUGAUGGACGAAGCCAGGAACUACCACCUGCACCUCAGCAACAAGGUGGUGCUGGACUUUGAGUACUCAGUCCGUACAAUACCCAGGAAACACACUGCAGGGGUUUUGUUCUGUGUGGGUGGCCGUGGGGGUUCUGGUGACCCAUUUCGCAGUAUUGAGUGCUACUCCAUCACUAAGAACAGCUGGUUCUUUGGUCCUGAAAUGAACAGCAGACGGCGUCACGUGGGUGUAAUAUCUGUAGGAGGCAAGGUUUAUGCUGUUGGGGGCCAUGAUGGUAACGAGCACUUGGGCAACAUGGAGAUGUUUGACCCCCUCACCAACAAGUGGAUGAUGAAAGCCUCCAUGAACACCAAGAGGAGGGGUAUAGCCUUGGCAGCGCUUGGUGGUCCUAUCUAUGCUAUUGGAGGUCUGGAUGACAACUCCUGCUUCAACGAUGUGGAGCGUUACGACAUCGAAAGUGACUGCUGGAGCGCUGUGGCGCCGAUGAACACGCCCAGAGGAGGAGUGGGAUCCGUGGCAUUGGGGAGUUUUGUAUACGCAGUGGGAGGGAACGAUGGGGUGGCGUCGCUGUCUAGUGUGGAGCGGUUUAACCCACACCUCAACAAGUGGAUAGAGGUCAGCGAGAUGGGCCAGCGACGAGCUGGAAAUGGAGUCAGCAAACUCAAUGGCUGCCUCUAUGUAGUGGGCGGUUUUGAUGACAACUCACCCCUGAGCUCUGUAGAGCGCUUUGACCCAAGAAUGCACCGCUGGGAGUACGUGUCUGAGCUGACCACCCCACGUGGGGGAGUCGGGGUAGCCACUGUAAUGGGAAGAGUGUUCGCGGUCGGGGGUCACAAUGGGAAUAUCUACUUGAACACUGUGGAAGCUUUUGAGCCACGAAUGAACAGAUGGGAGCUGGUGGGUUCGGUGUCUCACUGCCGCGCCGGAGCCGGAGUGGCUGUCUGUUCGUCACACGUCAGCCAGAUCAGGGACGUCGGCCAGGGCUCCAGCAACGUGGCCAACUGCAUGUGACCGCCCGCCCAACCCCGCUUAUUCCCAGGUGACUGACUGCCAGGUCUUGCCGUCAGACCUGAUCACUGCACAAGCACACAGACAAUGACUGAGUUAUGAGUGAGUUAUUUCGGCAGCCGUCAGCUGCUGUCGCCACUGUAUGAACGUCGGCUUGAAGCUGUUCAGUUUGCACACAGUGACUGAGGAAUAGUAGGGAGAUUUUACUGACUUGACGUGCAUAUCUGACAAAUGAGGUCUUCUCUGACUAAGUGACACGUUCUCCUUGACUCCUGCUGGUGUUAUUUGCAAUCAGUGAUGUAGUAUUUUGUACUGUAUUUUCUUCUGUUUGACUGCCUUGACAUAGUUUGACUUUUGUUUUGUUUUUUAAGGGAAAAUAUUAGCCACGCCUUGUAUUUAAUACUAACAUCUUGAGAAUGAAAAGUGUGUUUGGGUUCAUAACUACUAGGUUAGCUGUGCACAUUAUGAACGGGGACUGUAUAGUGGGGCCUGUAUGGAAAGCUUUUCAACGGGCUCUUCUUAAAGAUGGUUUACUCGUUGUCUCUGCAGUUGUUUUCAUUAUCCACAGAGAUGUGAUCACACUGCAUUCAACACCUUGUUUGCGGUGCAGUGUGUCCAAAAACAUUAUAAUCAAUUAAUCUGAAAUACGAUGUUAAGAUGUCAAAUACAUUUCCAAGAUUCCUUCGAUCUUAUGCCAGGUUAAGUAGAAGUAUCUGUUAGAGCAGUUAGACUUUUCAAAGGUGCUUUUCAACAUCAUUCAAUCAGCAGUUCCAGCUGCAGUGAGCUGGAUCGUAUGCCAGCUUUUAGGAAUUUGCCUGUAAUUGUGUUUGAACAAUCAUUUAUGGCCGAUUGGGACAAAUCAGCCAUUGGUGAGGAGGUGAUGGAUCUGAAGAAUUUAACUGCAAGUGCCAAAAAUAAAAAUAAAAAGUGCACCAGCCGUUUUAGGAAGGUGUAGAUGCAAAUCUGGUUCAACUGCCUGCUGAAUCCUGAGUCGCCACCUUUACCUCGACCUCAGAAUUUAAGAGUCAAGGACUGAUCAGAGCAAUACAGGGCACCUCUCCAGUCCUCCUUCAGUUUUGCAUUAUUGUAUAGAGAUCUGUUCAACCUGACAGGGACAGAUUUUUAAAUUGGAGAUUUGUGUUUGACGAUAGCUGGUCUGUCAGAAAUCCUAAUCGGAGCUCUUUCGGAUGUGUAUGAGAUGCAGCUGCGGUUUGGUCUCUGCAGAUGGUCACGUUAUAUUUUAAUAAGGAUAUUUUGUAUAAUAAGACAGGUGUAUCUUUGGUAUUAUUCUAUCUAACCCAUUGCUGUGCACUACUUUCCUAGAAUAGAUGUGAAGUAUAUUUUUGUCCUAAAUGGAGAAUUUCAUGUUAUUCCUGUUAUAAGUUAACAGUCAUACCUAUUUCUGCCAUGUGAAAGAACAAUUUAAUGAUUUUGGACAACUGUUUUUCAGAAUAGCCUGACAGAGUUAAAACAGAAAUGUCAUAUAUGGUUUAUACUAGAAAUAAUGCAUAUUAUUGCACAUUAUUUGUGUCCUGCCGGUAUUAAUACUAGUGUAUAUUAUCAACAAUAUAUUAUCAAUAUUGUUGCCCACUUUGUCAGCAAAUGAGCCAGAUACUGAGUCUUUUGUAAACUUUACUGUACUUUGUGUUGUUCCUCUUCUUGACUGCUUCCAUCUUUUGCUUUUUGUUGUUUACAUGGUAUUUGUAUAAAUUGGUACAAUAAAGUUAUGUGUAAUAUGAA